AUGCAUAUCCGAAAUUACCCUUUUCUUCCACCCGUUUCAACGCCAGCUACGUUAGUAUCUUCUCCACCAUCAGUCUCUUCUCCACCAUCAGUAUCUUCUCCACCAUCAGUAUCUUCUCCACCAUCAGUAUCUUCUCCACCAUCAGUCUCUUCUCCACCAUCAGUCUCUUCUCCACCAUCAGUAUCUUCUCCACCAUCAGUAUCUUCUCCACCAUCAGUAUCUUCUCCACCAUCAGUCUCUUCUCCACCAUCAGUAUCUUCUCCACCAUCAGUAUCUUCUCCACCAUCAGUAUCUUCUCCACCAUCAGUAUCUUCUCCAUUAUCAGUAUCUUCUCCACCAUCAGUAUCUUCUCCACCAUCAGUAUCUUCUCCACCAUCAGUAUCUUCUCCACCAUCAGUAUCUUCUCCACCAUCAGUAUCUUCUCCACCAUCGGUAUCUUCUCCACUAUCAGUAUCUUCUCCACCAUCAGUAUCUUCUCCACCAUCAGUAUCUUCUCCACCAUCAGUAUCUUCUCCACCAUCAGUAUCUUCUCCACCAUCAGUAUCUUCUCCACCAUCAGUAUCUUCUCCACCAUCAGUCUCUUCUCCACCAUCAGUAUCUUCUCCACCAUCAGUAUCUUCUCCACCAUCAGUAUCUUCUCCGUCGUCUUCUUUUUCAUCUUCUGAAAAAAUAUAUUAG